AUGUUGGAGGAGAAUCGGAGUCGGGUCGGGUCGGGUUGUAAAGACCGAACCAUGAGACGACAAUCCAUCCUGAAAACGCAGACCUCGGAGCCGCUGAUAGUGAUCGAAGACGACGAAUAUGAGGAGGAGAAAAAGGACGGAUCGCGCCAGAACAGCGAGGACGAACCGUCGAUGAAUCCCUAUCUCCUGUCGCCGUUCGCCCGCGAAGUCCGCAAGCACUCGCUGCCGACGCCGCAAUGCAGCGGCAUCACCGCCAGCCAGGUGAGGCGGCUGUCGGAGCGCGGCGACACCGCCGGCCCGGGCCCCAAGCAGGUCGAGUUCCUGGCGACGCUGUCGCAGGCGCCGCCGCAGGCGGGCGGCGGCCGCCGCCACUCGGUGGUGACCAUCUCGCGGGUGCCGUCGACGCUGUUCGGCCGCGGCCGCCGCGAAUCGGUGGCGGCGUUUCCGAGUCCGACGUUCAGCGGCCGGGUGUUGCCCAAUCGGCGGGAGUCGAUCGCCUGUCCGCCGUCGACGGAGCCGCGCGGCAGCAUACACAACCUGCAGCUGGACAUCAUGGACGACAUCGUGCAGGCGCGCAAAGUCCGCAUGAAAAUGUGGAACACGAGCAACGAGAAGGUGUGCGAAGUGCAACCUUUAGACGAUGCCGGGGGCAAUGUGCAACGGUACACGAACUCCGCGAGGAGAUUCUCCGAUUUCAUAGGCACUACGUUAACGCCCAUACCGAGUUUCGAUAAAAGGCGGGCGUCGCAACAGCCGUCGCCGUCUCCUCUAGCCGAACGCGGCCUAAUCGAAAGUAAGCAGGUUACAGGCAUUGUUUGUUCUAACACUGAUCUCAUAUCUAUUUUAUCUUCCCGUUCCACUUCGGCGACCGAAAUCGAUCGAAUCGAACAGGAAAAGAAGGAGACGAUGACGGAGAAGGGCAGGCCUCCGGCCCGUAGAAGAGACCAGCUGAAAAGCUCGCGAUCGAACAGCUUCGACAUAUCCGUAUUGAACGAAGUGGCGGACACUAAGGAGUCGAAGUCUUCAACCCUAUCCAAUUGGUUCGUUAAAAGACACCAACCUAUAACCAAGACUGAUGAGAAAGCGGACGAGAAAAUCGUCAUUGAAAAGGAACCUAACAAGGUCAUGUGGGACGAAAGAAGCGGUUCCUUAGUGGAUCCUCACGCUUUGGGGAGCGCCAUCGAGGUGUUUCUGAGGAAAACCUCGCCGUCGGGAGAGUCGCCCGGUACGUCUAAUUCGAAUGUAUCGCCCACCAAGACGGCUAAAACGACCAACGUCAAUAAGACCAAAAGUUGGUUUAACAAAGGAGACGAAGACUCUUCUACUGAGACUUGUGAUUCGUCGAUAUGCUCAACGUUGAAAGACUUAUUCGUCAAAUAGACAGGAUUUUUAACAUGCUACCUACUAUUCCUUAACUACCUUUGUAUCAAUGUUAAUAAUAUUGAAUGUGUCUUAAUAAUUCUCAUUGAAAAUACAAUCAAUUAGUUAUUAGAUGUCCUUUUAGAUAGGUGAACGAUGUCCGAUACAGAAGAAAAAGUUUAAAUACAGAAUAUUUCAUUUAUUUCAUCGUCAAUUACGUUUAUUCCCUGCUGAAUUACAUUCGAACCUGUCAAUUACAGAUUUGUUAAUUAGCGGCAAAAAUUACGCAACUUUAAUUAAAAUUCGCAAUUAAUUAGAAUUUAUCCCUUUUUAUCACCUUCGAUUUUCUUUGUA